GGCAUUCAGGAGUCUCCUGCACACGAAGGAUGUUGUGGAUGUAGUGUACAACAUGCUGUCCUAAAAUGAGCAAUAAACUUUAAUUUAAGACGCUUAAUUUGUGCCAAUUUGAGACGGUAUACUGACACCAUGCCGACUACAAACAGAAAGAAGCAGGGGAAAGACACCGCGGUAGGUAACUCAUUCAUUCACAACAGUAACAUGCAUGUAUACAUCAGUCUUAGAAGUCUUAAAGUUCUGUGUUUAUUGUUGUAUUUUCUACUAUAACUAAGGUGUACCAACUGCUAUGGCACUCGAGUCUUAUUCUGUCUCAUUCUUACAUUUCGGGAUAUAGUGUGGUGUUAAAUUGUUAAUCCUAUUUGCUUCACCUACAUGUAUUUGACAACUAUAUUGACCUUUUAAAUUAGAAAUAUUUAAGACAAGGUGACAAUAAAAAAGGGCAAACAAUAAAAUUGUUGUCGUUUUUGUUGCUUGUUUCAGGUUCAGGGAACAAACGACAGCAGUGUGGUGAGUAAGGUGUCUGCUGCAGCCCAGGGUUACUUCAAAGAUGACUUCCUCCAACACUUUGUGUGCAAAGUGGCCAGAAGAGCCCCACUCAUCAACAGGUCUGCUAAGAUCUUAAUCUCUUCUUAAUCAGCCAGGUUAUUAAACCUAGAAAUACUAAAUUAAAGGAUUUGGAUGGACAUAAUUUAGGCAAUUACAGAUUACCAACACAAACUUGAACUGAGUUGACCACAGAUUGUAAAAACAAUUGUAUAUUUGUGACUGUAAAAAUGUACAUAAAAGAAACUCACCACAUUUGUGUGUUACAGUUUCCUUUAGUUUUCACAAUAUCAAAUAAAUUGCAACAAAUUUUGCAGAAUGAAAAUGUAACAGAAUAUCAUUUUUUUAAUUCAGUGCAGCUUCUAUGAGGCUUUAGAAAGCAGCAUUUAAACAUGGUGGAAAAUAUGUAAAGCUUCAUUACUGUGGUGUUUUCAUGUUUUAGGGGCUACUAUGUGCGCUGGAGAGCUGUGGAUCACUGUGUGAGGAGGUUUCUGCACGUCACUGAAAACUGCCCCAAAAGACAGGCAUGUAUAUUAUCUUUUUCACUAAGGUUUGUACAUAAUGAAUGCAUAACAAAAGUAGCCUUUCUUAGUGUCUAACUACUUCUCUUAUUUUUUCUCUUUUCUCCUUUCAGAUCCUGUCUUUGGGCGCAGGGUUCGAUUCUUUGUAUUUUCGCCUUCAUGCAGUUGGAGCGCUAGACAGAGCUGUUGUUUAUGAAGUAGACUUUCCUGAUGUAGCCCGAAGAAAAACUGCUCUGAUCAACUCUAAUAUUACUUUAAGAGGGACGUUAGAUUCCCAUUUACCUUCUCCUGCAGGUUUGAAACUUUGAGUACUCUCUUCUCAGACUUCUGAAUUUUUCACAAAGUAAUUUUUAAGGGGUUUUGCUCAUGUUUGUUUGUCUUCAGGGCCCGUGUUUGUGUCAAGUGGUCAGUACCGACUGCUGGGUGUGGAUGUGAGAGAGGAGUCCCAAGUAGAGGAGGCUCUGGGUGCAGCUGGGCUGGACUGGGCCGCCCCUACCCUGAUUCUGUCAGAGGUGGUUCUGACAUACAUGGAAACACAAUGGUGAGGACAUUUUUCUCUAUGAGGGGCUCAGCAUCUCUCUUUUUAGUUAUGAGUACAUAAAAGCAAAGACAAUGAUAUUUCAAGCCUUAAAGAUAAGGCUUCACGAAAAAAGGUUUUGGGAGAGGGUGUUUGAAAUCAUUGACUUGAAUAUUUUGAAAGAAGUAUUACACAAUUCCAUAAAAAAUGAAGGUAAAAAUCCAGCAAAAAAUAUUAAAUUUCAUGUCUUUGGUGGUCAUUUUUUUCCCCUAAUGCUUUGGUGCUGUUGCACUGUUGUGUUUCUUUCAGGUCAGACGCUGUCAUUCGUUGGGCUGCAAAGCUUCUACCUCAGUCGCUCUUCGUUAUAUACGAGCAAAUUCACCCUCUGGAUCCCUUUGGUCGAAUCAUGCAAGAUCAUUUCCUGAAGCUGAACUCAACUCUGCAUGCACUUCGACAGUACCCAGACACUGCUGCUCAGAGACGCAGGUUCCUGGACAAGGCCAGUAGGAUUACAAUCUGUUUUAGUAUGCAAGGGAUUGAUUUUUGUGUAAUUAAAGUUCAGUGUUGUUGUUUUGGCGUGCAGGGCUGGGACCAGUGUGUGUGUCUGGAUAUGAAUGAAUUCUACCUCGGGCUGGUUACGGAGGAGGAGCGAAUCAGAGUGGAGAGUCUGGAGCCGUUUGAUGAAUAUGAGGUGAGCUGUGGCUCCAUGUAUCUCAAGCUCCUGUGAUUCUGUUCAUGCAUGAAGCUUUUUGUCUUGGUAUUUAUUUAACUCUGAAUGUGUUGCACAAAAAGUAGAAGUGCAGCUGCAGAUUUUGGUGAAGAUUUUGAUUUUUCUGCCUUUAGUAGUUUUAGCUGGUAUUCUACAAUCAAACAUCCAUGUAUCCUUAGGAGUGGCACCAGAAAUGUUCCCACUACUUCAUCCUGACUGCAUCUCGAGGCUCUCUGAUGGAACAGGCUUUACUCUCUUAUGCUCCAGGUAAGUUUCACAUUAUUUUCCUUCAUUAUUUAACUCAGUCCCUGUUUCCAGCUCAUAGUAUUUUUGUUUUUUAUGUGUUAUUGUGAAAGCAUCUCCGGUGCCUUCCCCUCCGCUCUCUCUGAGCCCCACAGUUCUGACUGCACAAACUGUACCAGUCAGUCUGGAGGGGCUGGGGACAGCGUCCACCUUGGUGAGCCCGGGGAGGGUCCUGUUGACAGGAGGCUCGAGCAGAGGAGGCAGAGGGACGGUUAUAAGGAUGCUCGUCAGAGAGGGGGAGGGCUGGAGGUCUGUCAGUGUGGAACCAUCAGAGGAUUUAGGUGAGAAGCGUUGGAUUUAUUGGUUUCCAGCAGAAACACUAAAUAAAACCCUGAAAAACUACAUUAUUGUUUUUACGUUGUUGUCUCUCCUUCCUCCAGGUGUCCGUCUCUACCACACUGCUACCUCUCUCCCUGGUGGAGCUGCUAUUGUAUUUGGUGGUCGCUCUUCUCCUUUAAACCCAACCAGAGGCCUUUUCAAAGUAACCCUGGACCUCGAUAAUCCACUUUCUCCCUCUGACUCAAAGGAAGAGACAAUAAAACUCAGUGCAGAGAAGAUUGUCUGUACGGGCGAUCCACCAGCGCCAAGAUGGAGGCACACGGCUACUAUAGUCAGUCAUGAAGGUAGGAGGAAAAAGAAGCUCCGAUGCGGUUUCUUUUUGUCUCCAGCACCUACAUUUUCCUCCUUUCUUACUCAUUUAAGCUAAUACAUACUUUUUAUUUACUCUCUAGGCAAAAACUACCUGUUUGUGUUUGGUGGGAAGAAUGAAACCGAGGCAGCUCUCAGCGAUGGCAACUUUCUAUGUCUGGACCAACAGCACUGGACUGAGGUUUGAUUCUUUACUGUCUUGUCCUUUUCAACAGAAAUGUUAAGAUUCAUUCUUAAGGGAAAUUUAACCAGUUUUUAGAUACAGUAUCUGGAGAUCACAAUAAAUAAAACCAUGAAAUGUUUCAGUUUCAAUUUGUUGAGCUGUUUUUGCACUAUUAAAGUCAAAAUUACAGCUCAAAGAAUUUUCAAACAAUCAAAAUAUGUUUUUAUUAACAUUUUUCACAGUGUAAAGUUGGGGUUGCAAAAUGUACACCUUUUUAUGAAUACAUGGAACAAGUCAGGCUAAAACAAGCCGUGUAAAACAAGUUUAUCCAGUUUAGAGACUUUGCUGGAUCCUGAACUCACACAAGAAAACACACAUCAGGAAAAAACAGUCUGAAACUGUUUUCGCUUGAGGUUUAGUUCGUACGCAUAUUUUACAGAUUCAAGUAGAGGGCGCAAUACCAGAGGCUCGUCAUUCCCAUUCAGCGUGCUCAUAUCGUGGAGGACUGGUGGUUUUUGGAGGGCUGGAUAGAAGAGGAGUCCCACUGGGAGACACAGCUGUGCUAAGGCCAACAGAGAGAGGCUUCACCUGGGAGAGAGUAGAGGUGCAGCCUCCUCCUGUUGCCAGGUCUGUUUUUAUUUUUUAGCAUCAGUCAGUUCAACAAAACAAAAGUCUGUGACUGAUUUUAGAUGUGAUUUUUUAUCAUUGGAUUUUUCAGGUACUCUCAUUGUGCACAUGUGAUCGAUGAAAAGCUGGUUGUAGUUGGAGGAGUUUGGCUGCAUUCAGAUGGUGUCCCAGGUGUGCUUAUCAUUGACCUCACAACACAAAGCUGUGUGGAGUUCAGCCUGGACACGGUCAGUGUGUGUUACUUCAUCAACACAGAGUUUAAUUUUGUUUUAUCACUAAUCCUUCAUUGACUGAUCUGCUCCAGGAUUUUAUGACUGUAAUAGUAGUAUCAGUUGUUUUCAGGACAUUUUCAUCACUUAAAGAUGGAUCUUUUACUCAAGAGACUACAUUUUGUCUACUUCAUCUCUAGACCUCGGUGCCUUGGCCUCUGAUGCUGCACUCUUUCUGCUCGGAGCUGACGGACCCAGAGGAACGUCAGCUGCUCCUGAUUGGUGGAGGAGGAAACUGUUUCUCAUUUGGGACUCACUUCAACCCUCAGCCUGUCACUGUGGACCUCUGACCUGCGCUGGGAUAAAGAAGACUGAAAGGUUUUAUCUAUGAAACUAUUGAAGAUGAACUCACUCUAUUAUUAUACUCUAGACUUUUGGGUCCAAAAUACCCCAGUUGAGUGCACUUGCAAAAUAGCUGCAUCACAAUUCUUCUAGCCAGUCAUUUUAAGGCUCACUAAAAGUUUUUUUUUUUUGCCACUAGAAGACUCAGAAAUUUCCAUGACAAAUGUAUCUGAGAAAGGAGAGAAAGGAGCCUUCCUUAUAUGUGCCUUUUUGAAAAUAAAACACUUUUUUAGUCAAAAACUGCUUGUAGGUUUCCCCCUUUACCAAACUCCACUGACAAAAACAGUUGUUUAACUUCAAAGCUCAUAGACACUCUUGGUUCGGUGCUGUUUUCUCCUUAAAGCAGGUCUAUAGGUCAGCGUUUGGUGUCUUGUUGAUGUGCAGUACUCCACUUGAGCACUAGUUGGCAGUGUGGUUUCCAUGCUCCUCAGUUUUGCCUAUCCUUUAGCUUGCUUGUGCUCAGGGAACCAUGUUAACUGAGCUUUGUAUGUUGUUGGAGUUGAAGGUUGAACAGCAGUUGAUUAUACUGCAGUAUGGUUGCAGUUAAGGUGGUUUCUCAAAACGACUUCCAUUAGAAAAAUGUGACAGGAUGAAGAGGACAAACCUCUUGUACUGAUGGUUUUAUUAAGGCUUAUUUAAAGUUGUUUGAAGCUGCAGACAAUUGUUGUCGUUCAGCUUUUAAAUAAUGGAAAUCUUCAGCAAAAAGACACGAAAUAACCCAUGAAUAAAAAGUCAGAGAAAUGUCGUCAGUUUGCUUACAGGACAGGUUUUAUUUGUGAGACCUCAGUUCAAAAUCACAAAAUAGUCAAUGAAAUUCAAAGUCAAUAUCAGCACAGUAGAUCUGUCUUAACAUUUUGGAUGGAGGUUGAAUCACUCGGUGAAGCGCCUGAAGGACUGGACGGCGGGACUGACAGCGCCCCAGUCUCCGGGUUUGCGGUAUUCUCCCUUCUCCAGGAAGUACUGGCGUCCGCGGUAGUUGGGGUGCUCGUAGAAGACCCACCAGCCGUCGUAGACCUUGCAGGAGUUAACUUCCUUCCAGCGGAACUUAUCCUGAAGAGAAGGGCAGUCCUCGGAUGUCUCAUAGGCCUGACCCCCAAAGUCUGUCUUCUCAUACAGCUGCAUCUUGUACAUGGUCCCGCUGGCCUGGAAGGAGUGGGUGGAGGAGGGAGCGAGGAGGGGAGGUAGACGAGGAGGGGUUGAAAUGGGUGGGAGAAAGAUGGGGAGAGGUAGCGUGUGGAGAGUGGUGGAUGAAGGGUUGGAGGCGGCAUUUAGUGCAGAGGGUUGGGGUAGAAAAGGAAGGGGAUGUGAGGUGAGAAAAAAGGAGAAGGAGGGAUAUAUGGGGGGAUGAGAUUUGUAUCGAACAACAGAGUAAAAUGUUUCUUCUAGAAACCAAAAGAGUUUUUUGUGACGCUUACUAAAGAAGAAAAGCUUGGACUACAGGAAAGGGAUGUGCACAUUUAGUCAACUAGAUAUUUAAACUUUGUCAUCAGAAUCAGGUAAUAUGAUUUACAAAGGCCCAAAAUGCUGAACAUAGGGCAUCUAUCCAACUCUAGCUGAAAACAAAAUUAUUAUCCCAGCUCCAUCUUCUCACAAACUAUUUAAAACCAAAAACUUUUUAAGUUUAAAGUGACAAAAACCAACAACUUAGCUAGUUCUGCUGGAAAAUACCACAAAAAAAUAAAACAACUAUCGAAAUAUAUGGGGAUUUAUUUAGUAUUGUAAACUACAAGGUUGCAGCACACUCUCCUUUAAAAGUGGCACCACUUUUAAUUAACAACAUCCCUUUUACAAAUGUAUGUGAAAGGAAAAGUCUUUAAACCAGGGCAUUGAAAACAGAUAAAGAUCAAUAACAAGUCAAUAUUGGCUUGUUAUAUUGACCAAAUGCAAGAGCUUUAGUUUGUAGCUUUGUCUUUCACAUCACAGCAAACUAGCUUUGCAGAAACUAGCUGGUCCAUGUAUCUGUCUUGAUCCACAGAAUCACUUAGAUUUACUCAGUCUGACACCAUCCCUUGUUAUCGUUUUCUUUAAGGUCUCGUUUACAGUUAUAAUUAGCAGAAGGAUGAUACAUGCAGCGUCUAUGAAGGAGUUUGAUUUUUGUAUGAAAGCCCUGGAUGUGCCUGCAGGCUGUUGGUCCGUGAACCCAGACUCUAGUCAAACAAAUAGACUGACCCAGAUUAUCCGUCUGCAUCGACAGAGCCCUGCAGUCACCGUUAGCAUCAACAGGCUCUCUGACCUACACUCUGUGGCUUCUAUCUGUGACUGUCAGAGUGACACUGACAGAGUAAACAGUAAACAGAAAGACUGAAGCUGAAAAGCUGACCCCGAUCAAGUCUGUUUUUCACAGUGGAAAGACAUUUUAUCAAGUGAAAGAGCCAUUUUUGAAGGGGUACACCUGCAGCUUCAGGUGUACACAAAGCAGUUGUAACAUUGGUUUGAAAUAUUUUGAACAAGGAUAUGACUUCUCAGCUUUCUCUGUUCAGGUAGCUUACAUUAUAAGUGCAUGAUCGUUAUACCACCUAGGAAUAAGACUUAAAACUCUGUUUGAGAUAUUUGAGGGUGAUUUUGAGUGGAAGUCAAUGGUAAGAAUUACCUUUUUUAUAGAUUUAAUAUGGAGCUGAUUUUUAAUGGAAGUCAAUAGAAAAAAUUGCCUUAUAUGGAGUUAUAGAUGGCUCGAAUUAAUAUUUCCACUAUUGAAAUAUUAUUACUUGUUUCAGGCAUUAGUUAUAAAAACCACUUAAAUGUCAAACUUUACAUUGGCUAUGCUGAUUUAUAAUUAAAUAACUUUGAUACCGAAAAUUGAAUAAAAGUCAAUGGUAAACAAAAAAAUAACUCCAGAUUGCUCCAGGUAGAAAUGGUUAUUUUGAUAAGUGACAGUUUAAAGCCAAUAUAUCCCUCAAGUAGAUAUCUAUAACCUAUGCACUAUCCUCUGAUUACAUGUCAGAAGUCAGGCUCCUUCAUGUGAAUUCUGCACACUCUAAAUAAAACAGGUGUACUGUGUAUCCGGUCAGAUCACAGGUAAUCACUGACUUACAAAGUGGAUCAGUUUGCAGGAGCUGAGGCGGUCAUUGAGGCCCAUCCAGCGAUGGUAUUCUGGGUACUCUCCCCUGGUCAGGACGUACUGGUAGCCCAUGUAGUUGGGCCUCUCAUACACCACCCAGGCUCCGCUCUCCACCCGGAUGGAGUUGCAGCGGCUCAGGUAGGUGUGGAAGUCAGAGCAGUCGCUGUCGCACUCAUAGCGACGGCCCUGGAAGUUUUUGUCCUCGAAAAAGACAAUCUGGGGAAGAUGGUUGUCAGUGUGAGCGUCACCAAAAACAGCAACAAGAUUUGGUUACGGUUUCUUUUUGAUCACAUCUCAGUUUCACAACCGAAAACCACAACUCAAACC